AUGGAUAUAAAGGAGCCAGUUCAGAAUGCCAUGGAUAUAAAGGAGCCAGUUCAGAAUACCAUGGAUAUAAAGGAGCCAGUUCAGAAUGCCAUGGAUAUAAAGGAGCCAGUUCAGAAGACCAUGGAUAGAAAGAAGCCAGUUCAGAAUGCCAUGGAUAUAGGGGAGCGAGUUCAGAAGACCAUGGAUAUAAAGGAGCCAGUUCAGAAUACCAUGGAUAUAAAGGAGCCAGUUCAGAAUGCCAUAGAUAUAAAGGAGCCAGUUCAGAAGACCAUGGAUAUAGGGGAGCGAGUUCAGAAUACCAUGGAUAUACGGAAGCGAGUUCAGAAUACCAUGGAUAUAGGGGAGCGAGUUCAGAAGACCAUGGAUAUAAAGGAGCCAGUCAAGAAUACCAUGAAUAUAGGGAAGCUAGUUCAGAAUACCAUGGAUAUGAAGGAGCCAGUUCAGAAUGUCAUGGAUAUAAGGGAGCCAGUUCAGAAUACCAUAGAUAUAGGGGAGCGAGUUCAGAAAACCAUGGAUUUAAAGGAACCAGUUCAGAAUGCCAUGGAUGUGAAGGAGCCAGUUCAGAAGACCACUGAUAUAGGGGAGUGA